AUCGCCCGACGUUGCUUCGACUCGUCGGCCAAGUCCCCCGGCUAGGAACUCCGGAGGAAGCAUGUCAAUGUCAACAUCGAUAUCGACAUCGACGUCGCGUGUGCCUCGAUCGCGGCAGGCGCAGUGACGAUUUCCGUCAGCAUACUCUGAUGACGUCAGCGGCGUUGCGAUAUGAUGGAGUCCAUCAGAAAAUGGUUUUACAGGCCUAAGAGGGACGACACGAGUCUACUGGCUCAGUUCUUUUAUGCCGACGAGUCUCUGAACGCAGUCGCCUGCGAAUUGGACUCCUUCGACGGCCGACAGGAACCGGAGAGAUGCACGACGCUGGUGAAUCAGUUGCGACACUGUCAGGAUAAAGUGCUGACAAUUUGCAAUCAAAUAAUGGACGAUUUAAUUCCCGAGAGCCGCGCCAAUCGGGACUUCAGGGUGAAAUUCCCUGAUGACGUGAUGCAAGAAAAUUUGGCCGGACAACUCUGGUUCGGUGCGGAAUGUCUGGCAGCCGGUUCGUCGAUUAUGAACCGGGAGGCCGAGAGCUCGGCCAUGAGGCCGUUAGCGAAAGCUCUUACUAAGUCGCUAGAGAUCGUCAGAAACUUGCUAAGAGAGCACGCGCUCAAGGGUCACAUGAACUUGAAGGCGCAAAAUCCUCUUGAACCAUCUCUGGAGAAGCUCAUCGAGUCGUUGAAGAUCUUUGACCGACUGUUCGCCGAUUUCGAGCUAUGCUACGUCGGCGCCAUGGUACCGGUGAAGUCGACAAAGGAGUACGAGCAACAGGAGCUCGUGUGCGUAUUAUUUUCAGAGACCUUGCAGCGAGCGCUUGAACGCGGGUUGUUGGACCAAGCGGAUGUAGAUAACUAUGAACCGGCUUUAAUGUUCACUAUUCCUCGCUUGGCUAUUGUUUCGGGACUUCUGGCACCGCCUGGAGGACCGUUAUGUCUCAACUCACCUGACACCAUAAGCGAGAUGUUUAGACCUUUUAGAACUCUCCUUCUCAAAAUAAGAGAACUAUUGUGGACGUUAAAUAACCGUGAGUUAUACAUGCUGGAGAAGUUAUUAUGCUCGAACGAGGAGCCGUCAGGCUCGAUUACGCACUCGACGAAAUCGACAUGUCAGGACAUACCGGAUUUGGAAGAAUACGUUCAUAAUUUUUAUACUGGUUACCCGAAUUGUAAAGAAUUUAUCGUUGAUUUCUAUACUGUGACGAGAAAUACAGGCAACAACAUGGACGAGGUAGCGAGCGAUGCGGUUCAAUCGUUGGACGAAAGUAGCAGAGGCGAUCAAUUAUUGAGCACGAAGCAUGAGCAGGGCAGAAAUGGACGUAAAAAGAAGAAAAAUACAAAAAUCAAGAAUGAAGAUUUAAACUUAUCUUCGGAUGUGUUUGAUGACGAGUGUGAUGAGAGUAACGCAAUAUGUGACAGCGCCGAAAAGAUGCAUCAGAGUGAUAGGGAAAGUGUUGAUGAACGAAUGCAAUACGAAAUACGGGAAAUAUCUGACGCUUCGCACGAUAUUGGACAAUUUCUUCGUGACUGUGAUUCAGUUUCCAAUGAUGGGAAUGACGCUAGAGAGAGUCCCGAUCCGACGAUACAGAAUAACGUUACGAUAUUAAACGUUGUACCGGGAACUAGCACUUCAAGUACCAUCGAAGAUGUACAGAAUGAGGAAGGAUUUGUUACUCCCGACUUAACUAAAAUAUUUGAGGAAUACUCCGACAAUAUGGAGAUUCCGCAUCUGUUUAAUCAAAUCACUCAUGAAAAUACCGUAGACAAUGAGGUUGCGCAUAUGUCUGAGAAUACUUUAUCCGAUCCAGAUUCUAAGAAACUUAUCUCAGAGGCGAAUAAAACGCUUUCAAAUCUUUUGUUGGACUCUGGUGAAUGCCCGAAUGAGAUCUCGGAACAAACCGAUUCAGGGAUAUGUACGGUAAUAUCAUCUGAGAACACCAGCUUGUACGACAAGAGUCCAGAAGAAAAGAAGACGUUUGCCAAUGACAUUCAACCGGACGAAUGCGGCGUGUCAGACGAAGAAGAUAUGCAGGAGAAUACCAGCUAUUCUUGUUCCAAUAUGAACUCACCGAAGAAAAAGGAUCCUGCUGUUUCGGAGAACUUGUGCGUUUGUGGCACGAAGAGCGUGAGCAAAGCACCAUCGUUGGAUCAUCCGAUCGAAGUGCCUGGUCUGCAUUCAAACGGGGACCGAGAGUCCGCCGGCAAAAACAUUCCACGAAUAUCGUCGAACUUUGAUGGCACUAACGAAGAAUUUAUUGGCGUCGCAUACGGUAACGGCCAACUGACUCUCUGUGAUUCCAACCAGUCUACCUUUCAGAUAAACUAUUCGGAGAAUUGGGAGAACCUCAAUUUGAAUAUAGACGCAUCAAGUUCCAGGAAGGAAUUCUGGGGUGACUUAAAAUGUGAGAACUGCCCGUCCACAUCUCGAAGUAUCGAGAAAAUUGACAGCAAAAAAAUCGAGAGGUAUACGCAAGAUAAAAUUAGAAAAGCCAGAACCGAAAAACAACGACGGCGACACCAACACAAGCUGGACCGAAACACGCACAAAGCUCACAAUAAAUCGGGAGAGAAGAGACACAACCUGCAGAUCAUGCGAGCGGCCACGAGUACCGAAAGCUCCAGAUCAAAUUCCACGGAUCGAUGCUUGAAUGCCCGAUUGACCAACUUCGGCGCCAGCUUGCAUCUUGGCCAGAAUACUAGACAAAUACCGAAUUUUGGCAGUCGCAGUCCUCACCUAAGUCCACGACUUCAUCACUUUGAGUGUUCGCGCGGACAAUGCUGCUGCAAUCUUGGUACACACUGCGUGAACAGACGUUCAUCGCCACAGAAUAGAAAGUUGCUAGAUCACAGAAGAUCCAAAUCCGAGCAGAUCGCCAAAAUGAAGAGAAGAGACGUCGAAAAGAGGGAAAGGUAUGAACGAGAUAAAUACGCGCGAAUAGAACAUAAUAAGAGAAAACCUGGAAACGGAAGUAGUUUAAUGAAUGAUGGAUUGGGUCCUAGGACGGAUAAGAGCGGCUUGGUGUCGGAGAUAGCAACUACGCCGCAGAACGUGGUUUGUCAUGAAUAUCAAAGUGCAAAAGACACUAACACACACAGAUCUGCGCGAGCGAUGAGACUGGUCAACGCAUCGACAGUAUCCAACGUAUCGUGUUUAAAUCCUCAUCAGUCUUUAAGUUAUAAACCCGACGUAGCAUCUAGUUCGAGUUAUUCAAGCUUCUGUGACUCGAGUUCGGAAACCAGCGAGUUUCACAGCGAUUGUCAGGACGACGAGGAGAUUGCAUUGGCGAUGCAAGCUGCUGAGAUUGCAAAUAGAAAUCAAAUUAGAGCCAAAUUUCGGUCUUCGGAAGAUCUUGUCCAUCGUCUCUUCGUUUGUAUAGCAGGUGUGGCAGACCAAUUACAAACAAAUUUUGCAUCGGAUUUGCGGAACAUUUUGAAAUGCGUUUUUCUCAUGAACAGUAGUCAGACAAUAGAGGACACUGAAGAAUCGAAAGAUCCGAAUUUGGCUUCCACGGCGAAUGCAUCAAUAGAUACAGCGGAAACAGAAAGUAUUCAUGAGCGGCAAGAGUCAUUACCAGAAUAUGAAGAUGUAGAGGAAACUGCUUCGAUACACGACCGAACUUCUCCAGUCACCGAGAGGGGGGAAGAGUGCGUCGAAAGAGCACCUGCUUGGGUGCCGGACAACGAUGCGCCAAGGUGUAUGGCUUGUCAAGCGGGAUUCACGGUUGUGCGACGUAGACAUCAUUGCCGAAAUUGUGGUAAAGUGUUCUGUGGUCGUUGCAGCAGCAACAACGUUCCACUGCCUCAUUUCGGGCACACGAAACCUGUAAGGGUGUGCAACAGGUGUUUUCUGUAUCAAGUGACGCCUUUUACGGUCUCUCAAGUUUCGUCCACUAGAUGAAUGUUUCUGAAGUGGCUUGUAAAUCCGAUUAUUUUUUAUUGAAUUCCUUAUGCGAUACACUUUCUUUUCAACAUGCAUAUUCGCGCAAAAUUUGGUGACUGUAAUUUUCGUAAUAUAAUAAAAUAAGCAAAUAUUCUUGUAUUUCAUAGAAACAGGUCUCAAAGUUUCGAUAGAACAUGUAUAAUUAUGUGAUAUACUUGUCCGGUGUUAAAAAGUUUAGUUCAGUGAAUUAACCGCUGCUUUGUUAGUUGAAACACGUUAUUCAACUAAGAAAUUAAAGUAAAUUUUUGAACUGUGCGAGUAUUCUCCUCUUUUUUUUUUACUUCGUAAGUGAUACAAAGUUACAUUGAAUAUAUAUCGAAAAAAUUUGGUGACACUUCGAUUUAUCCAAUUCUCAAUGUAUAAUUUGUAAAAAGAGAAGCUGCAGACAGGCGCGUUUGUACAAAAACGAAUAGAGGAGAAUUGGAGACAAAUCGCUGUCGCUAGAUUGCUUUUUGCGUUAUUUGUGCACUUAAUUUGUGCUCUAUAAAUAUUUUAUCUAUAGAUAUAUAGGCGCUAAUCGCUCAUAUUUUUACACAUCAUGAUUAAAUAUCUCUCAAGAAGGAAUAAUCCAAUCGGUAAGCUGCGGCAAUGUAAUUUGAUUUGGGUAUAUUUGGGUGUAAGGUUUCUCGCAUAUAUUCAUUUCAAAUUUUAUUUAAGAAGAUUGUAUCUUUGUAUUUAAGCGAUUGUAUAGAAGAUUAUUUUUAAGCGCUUCUGUACAUUACUAUUAUUAUUCUUACAUCAUUUUUAUUUUAGUUAUUAUUUCUCAUAAAUUUAAUUCUUAUAAAAAUUUAUUGUUUAAAUAAUAAUUAUUAUUAAUUUCUUAAGUUAUAUCGCUGUGCAGAAGUUUAUAAACCGAUUUUUUUUUUCUGUCAAAGAUGUGUGUGAUAAAACCUUUCCCACAUUUUGUAUUCUAAAACAAAACAAAAAUACGACAAAUACACAUAAGAAAAAAGCUAGUUGCAGUUAGUUUCCGAAAUAAGAAUGUAAUAGCUAAAUUUUUAGCUGUAUACAACUGAAAUUAAAGUACCACGCAUAGAUUUUUGUUGCUGCAAUUAAUCUUUUUUUCCGUGUAUGAAUAUAUCAUGAAAGAGGUUCUCUAGUUUUUCUCAUACAAUUUAGGAAUUUUAGAAAAAUCACAUUAAAAAAAAAUUUAUAAUAUAGCCAUUUCUGAAUUUGUUUUCAAGUUUUUUUGACUGUACAGUUUUCUUGAAACUUAAAAUGUAACGUUCUAAAAUAGCAUUGAGUCUUAUGUGAAAGAGAAUUUUAAGUAAUUUAAUCGUAAACAAAAUAUAAGAAUUUUGAAAUACUGUAUUUAUAAGAAAGAAUAAAAUUUGAAUAUUUUGGAAUUAAAAUGAAUGAAACAUA